AUGGACAGAUUGCGACUACAUCCCAUGGAUUUACCUGCAAUCACUGUCAACAAUAAUGGCAGUGUUAAAGGCAAGGCAUCUUUUGUUCGACGAUUGGCAAUAGGAUUUGUAAUUCUGGCCAUAUUAGGCCUCUUGUAUGUGCCAGCGUACCACUCCGCUCAGAGUCCAUUCUUAAGCUUAAGUGAAACUCCAUCCUCUGCAGAACCUCUCAGCAGUUCGCGUUUAGUAGUGUCCGGUGCACAAUUACCUGGAUGGUCAUAUAAUACAUCAAGAGAUCUCUGUGCUUAUAUUCAUCCGGAGAAUAAUACGUCGAUUUUGAAUCCUACUGGCAUAUGUUCACUACCGCCAUACCUGCUAAUAAUUAUAUGUUCGGCAGUCGCGAAUCAGGAGGCCCGUGCCGCUAUUAGGAGUACUUGGGCCAAUAGAUAUAAUUUAGAUAAUUUGUACAAUUCUACAGUAAAAAUAGCGUUUCUACUAGGAAAAAGUGACAAUGAUACACUCAACAAUUUAAUUGUUGAGGAGAGUUCCCAGUACAAUGAUAUUGUGCAAGAACGUUUCUUUGAUACAUAUAACAAUUUGACGCUUAAGUCAGUCAUGAUGUUGAAAUGGGUGACGUCAAAUUGUGAUCAAGCGAAAUACCUCAUGAAAACGGAUGACGACAUGUUCGUUAAUAUUCCCUUGCUUCUGCAAACGCUGCACUCAAGAACACAAGCGGAGACUCUCUUAGGUUCCCUCAUUUGUAAUGCUAAACCAAUAACAGAUCCGAAAAACAAAUGGUAUACGCCCAAGUAUAUGUACUCUGAGAAAACAUAUCCAAACUACUUAUCAGGCACAGGGUAUGUUAUGAGUAUGGGUGUGGCGUCUAAGUUAUAUCAAGCGGCGUUGAUAACACCGUUGCUACACCUGGAAGACGUUUACGUCACGGGUUUAUGCGCGAAACGCGCGAAAGUUCGGCCCGUCAAUCAUCCUGGAUUCAGUUAUUUACCUCGCAAAAUAGAUCCCUGCGCACUCAGGAACGCUAUUACCACGCAUAAGGUUAACGCGUCCAAUAUGUAUGUGAUUUGGGUAAAAAUGACUGAUACGAGCAUUACAUGCAGAAAUCGUACUCGUAUCGAGAGAAAACCGAUCACUCUGAGCAGAAGUGACAGGAAUACUGGGGGCUAUUAUGUCUUUAAAAGAAAAACUAUAAACAAGUGUGUUUAAGUUAUAUUUCUAAUAUUAAUUCCAUACAUUAUAAGACUAAUUUUUUAUUGAGCUUCCUGCUAAGCGCAAAUGGAAUUAAAUAGUUAAGAAGGGAAUGAUACAGAAUCUGUGAUUCCCAAUUUCCAAGAUCUUUAAAGGAAAUUUACUUCGAUUCCUUAUGAAACUAAUUAUUUAUUUACAAAUCUACUUUUGCAAACAUCGAAACAUUAUCAGUUACUUUCUACCAUUAUGCCAUUUGUAUUUAUGUAACUCGUGGAUUUCAUUGUAAAAAAUGUAAUCCGGGAGUUUUAAAGCGUCUAUGAAUUUUCGCAGAUCUUCGAUUUUGCCAGGCUGUGUCCAAUUUCCAUUGUUAGUUUACAUUUAAUAUUAAGUCUAAGUUUCACAAAUAAGACUAGCCAAUUUGCACCGAUAGUUCAAUCGACCGUUUAUCCGUUGAUGGUUCACUGUUUUCUUAUAGAUUAUUAUUUCGCGUGUAAAUAUAAACAAACGGAAACGGAAGAUUUAAUUGAUUAGAGUAUUAUAUUAAUGUUAACCGACGUCGGUGCAAUUGGUACAAUACGUGGAGCGAUUGCGACAGAUGGUAUACCGAAUGUUUUGUAUAUUUUUCUAUUUAAACCAAAGUAGUAUUUAAGGAUAUGCUGUCAAUUAGAUCUUUCACAUAAUUUAAAUACAUUUAUCUUUUUUGCUUCUUUAUGUAAAAUAUGCCAAAAAAAUGGCAAAGCAAUUUAAAAUAUAAUCUAAAAAGAAAAGUAUUAACUCUGUCAUAGACAAGUUUUUUAGCAUUGGAUUUCUUGUCACUUUCUAAUGAUAAUUAAACGGUAUAUUUAGUUAUGUAAUAAAAAAUUUUCUGCGUGAUUUUGUUAUGAUAUUCUACAGGAAUUGACAGUUGGUACCUUGUGAUUAAAAGUCACAGAGACACGUAAAUUUCCUUAUUUUAAUUAUAAAUGCUGUUGCUUCCACGUACUUAUAUGAAAAUUAUUUAAAAACGUUAUUUAGGAAUAGCAUUGUAUUAUAUUAAUUAACCUACAUAUUUCAGAAUCCCCUAAAUAGCCUUAUACUUCCUAAACACAUGUAGUAUACAAAUUAGAUACGAGAAAAUUGCUUCCUCAAUUUAGUAACAUAAGAUGUAGAUAUUAUUUUCUAUUUAAACAACAGAACAAUGAACAGAGAGACUUGUGCUAAUGACUUAAUCUGAGGAAUCCGUCUCAUUCGUAUCCAUAAGUAAAAUUAACUCACAUUAAAUUCACUGAUAUUUCUAUUAAUAUUAAUAAAAUUUUAUAUACUCUUAUGAAAUUUAAAAAAUUUUAAUUACCUAUUUUAUGAUACUGUUUUAAUUACUUUACUUAACUUUAUAUUCUUAAUUCAAAUCAGUUAAAAGAGUGUACACUUUUAAAUAUAUUUCUACUUUUUAAUUUUACAAAGCAUGCUCAUUGCUUUAUGUAUAUUUUCUAGAACAUAAUAAUGCUUUAUUAAGAUAACAUUUCACAUUAAAAAAAAAUACAUUUCAUAAUCAAAUAUUUCCUUCAUAUAUUCUUGAAAAAUAAUGUCCAAGAUUAAAAAAGUCUCCAUGUGCAGUUUCAGUCUAUACAUUUUUACAUUGAUAAAAUUUAUAUCAAGAUAAUACAUUUUACAGAUAUAUUAUUUCAACUAAAUAAAAAGAAAUUUUUUUUCUAAAACAUCUAUUCAAUUUUGGUAUAUUUGAAUUGAAUUGUUUUGUAUGCGUGCGCUUUUUAGAAUUAUUUUCUUAGAACAGGAAUUGCUACGAAGAAUAUAAAUUUUAUAUAUUUAUGUACAAUAUCUUUAUAUACUUAUUACAGCUUGUGAAUUUAAUUCUCUUUCAGCAAGUUUUCGAUUUAAAUCAUCCUGUUUUCAAUAAAUUUUAACAAUUAUAUAGCAAAGCGUAUAUAUUGCAAGUACGAACAUCAAAUGAUAUUGUAGCGCGGCCAAGUUUUGUUCCAAUUUUUCAAAUAAAUAUUCAUAAAUGUAUGCUAGAUAAUAAUAUAGUUUGCAAUUCAUAAUAAAAUUCGUUUAUUGAACAUUUAUUUAUGGAAGCCGCACUGCGAUAUUAAAUAUAUAUAUAUAUAUAUAUAUAUAUAUAGUGAAAAAUAGUUUAUUAAGAUAGCUGUUAAGAGCUUAUGAUGAUAUAGCCUAAUACUUGCUAGAAUUUGAUCUAAACUUUUCAACUCAAGUAGAAACUUGGCAUAAUUUAGUGUUUAAGUAUACAAUUCGAAAUUUGUAAUACAUCGCGUAUAUCAUUUGAUGUCAUAUCAGGGCGAUUAAGGAAUUUGGAGUGGCAAAAGAGUUUACGAAUAGUAAAAUUGAUGCAUUCCACGGUCCAUGACGAUGAGAUAUUUGUAACUUAGGGUAAAGAUUGAAAGAUUCUGUGGAAUACCCUAGUGGCCUUAGAAAAUUCAUUUUAUUUUAUAAGAAUAGAUUUGACGCUGAAUUUUUUACCAUUAGUCUGCUCUAAACCAUCGUAAUACUCGGUGCUAUCUGAAUGCGACUGUUGACGAGCUGUAAUAUAAAUUAUUGAUAUACAUUUGCAAAAAUACAUUAUACAAAUGUAAUACGAUGUAUCAUCAUUUCCAUCUCUUUUUACAUGGAAUAUAAAAGGUCAGUCGAAAGAUGUAUCUCUUUUCUUUCGAGAUAUAUAAAUUUCGAUGAUCGCGUGUGAAAUACAAGUUAGAUACAUCAUUUUAUAUCGUGCUAUAGUAUUAAGCAGGAUUGGCAACUAACGCGUUACUCAUAACAUCGUUAUCGUUACUUUUUUUUCUAUAACGAUAACAGUAACGUCAUUAUAGUGUUACAGUAACGAAUUUAAUCAUUACUUUUAUAGUUACUUUAGUUUUCCGUUAUGCUUACCUGUUUUUAGAUCGCACAUUAAUUGCGUCAUUGGAUAGAAAUAUUCCGAUACUUUUGAGCUGCUUUCCAACAGCUACUAUCGGUGUUGAAUACUUAACAUUAAACUAUAGAUUUUCAAUACUGAAAGCAGUAAAUAUUGAAAUAUAUUCUUAAUAAUGACAUUUGUUGUUUAAAAAAAAAAUUUAAGUUUUCAUGUAAAAAUGAGUGUACCAAAAAAUAAAGAAUUAGAGAACUUGUUAGAUAAGUUUAAUAUAAAGAAAAGUUUGUUCUAUGUACAGAGGUUUAGAGAGUGUCAAGUUUUAAUAUUUAUUAUUAUAUUAAACAUUAUCAAAUAAAGUAAUUUUUAAAUCUAAUGACUCUUAAAAUAACGUAACGCGUUACUUUUUUUAAGGUAAUGUUCCCAAUCCUGAUAUCAAUAUAUGUUAUGUUUACAUCUUUACGAGAUCGUUUCUAACGCUUUUAGAAAAGGACAUUCAUUUGUACGUUCGUCAUAACAUACAACAAGAAUUGCGCAUAAGAUGCGUAUGAGAUGUAAAUAUUGUUAUGUUGCGUUUCGAAUAAAAAACCAAAGGAACUUU